AUGAGCUUUUUGCCAGGUAUGGAUCUUCUUCCCUUGGCUGGGGGUGUCAUCGUCCGGCUAGCGCAGGCAAAUGAUGCACAACCACCGGAGGCGGCCGCCAUAUCCGCAGGUUCAGCCGUACCAGACUCUGGAAUACCUUCAGCGCCAUCCGACCUUGCCAUAGUUACACCCUCGAGCGAGGGCGUACAGGUUGAAGGAAGCUGCAAAGAUCACGACACAACCUCGCCGACCGUGGCUCAUGGCCAAGCUACAACAAUCAAUGAUUGUACGAUGGCAGGAACGGUUGGCCCGCCCUUGAGACCGAGCAUGGUGCCAUCUACAGAGCCAGUAUCUGCACAUUCUUCACAGUCAAUAGGCAUCUCGCCGCCCAGCCACUUGGCCGUACCUUCUCGGAACCACCAGGAGGGCUUUGCAACGCGCUAUCAUGUCGACAAUCUACCAUGUCUUCAAAUCUUUCAGUUUUUGGAGGAAGUGUUCACAAAACGCGACGCCGAGUCCGAAAUUGCACGGAACACAAGCCGUCGUUUCGAGCAAUAUUCGCAGUCAUCAUUCAGAUUCCCAAGGAUGCCUCAACAGCGCUUGGAGUAUAUCUUAGCAAGCGCCUACGAGUGGAGUGGGAUCCAUCUAACACAUAACCGUUUCCAGAUUCACGGCUUCGAUAUUUCAAAAUUUCUGGCCGGUGCACUCUUCAAGCUGUCCAACACCAUGACGAAUGCAGUUUCUACACAAGAAGACUGGCGACUUCACACAAUAUUCUUCGCGCGCUUAUCCCCUCCGAUCUGGUCCGCCCUCGCCCGAUCUCAACUGCCUGUAGUCAAGCUUGCUAUGGAACGGUUGAUGAUCGUAACAUUGAACCUGGAUGACUCGCAUGCGUUUCAAACCAUGCUUCUCCUCAAUCUGCACCCCAUGUGGACACAUCCACCAACAAUCAUUCACAAAUUGGCGGCGAGCAAUGCUCGAGAAUGUCUGACGUCCUUCCUCAGCUCGUUGGCACCAGUAGAAAAGGUUAUCGAAGCCGUAUUCAAGUCGAGUGACAGAGCGCUGCGAUAUGGGCCAAAACACACCUUCAGCAGCUUGAUGGUAUGGCUGAGCAAGAAAUUGCGAAGUAAUGACCUCUCUCCCUCAGUCUUGAGAUACAUCCAAGGCCUAGCUCACAGUGAAAGUCUCAUCGCUGGAAAGCCGAUCCUCGUAGCAGCACUGGGGCAUGAAGCGGAUAGGUUGUUUCCCGACUCAACCUUGACGAAUUCCAUCGCCGCGGGCCUCAACGACCAACAAAUGAUCUUCAGACUCAUGAUAGAUCUUGGUUGCUGUGUAUCUGAUCUGGUCGUGCGCAAAUCGCUGUCAGUCAAUCCAAUGGACUCCACAGUUGCGCAACUGGAGACCCUCUGUGGACUACGGUGUGUCGUUGAAGACGACUAUGACAAGAUGGUCUUUCAAUUCCUUGGUCGCGUCAGCGAAGACAUUGAAACAUGCAGAGCUGCGUUCUUUGGCUUUGCACUGCUCCUUACUUCUGAGUGUCGCGGUUCAAGAUACGCGUUUGCAACACUAGACGGAGUCACUCUCAUGAUCCAUGCUGUGUGGCACCUCAAACAUUUCGGUUCUCGGCCAGCUAUACAAGCCUGCAUAGAAUGGCUUCAACAUCAUGGUGUCACGAUUUGCCACAAGGUCGUAGCUGCAGCCGUUUCAAGAAACGAUACCAUCGACACGUUGCAACAGAUCCAGCAGCUUGGAGCAGAUAUCAAAGCGUACGGGGGUCGAGCUCUCGCUGUGGCAGCGAGCAACAUUGGGGAUGCAACCGUGAAUUGGCUUCUUGAGCAGGGACUCAGUGUAGAUGCCGCUGUCGACAAUUACGGAAAAACUGCGCUCAGCGAAACUGGUCGUGAGCAAGUGAAUGAUUCCUUUUGGGGUGUCCCGCUUCCCUCUCGUUAUCUCCACGAGUACUUCACCACGCCUCGGCUAUCUGCCCCCGAGGCGAGCUUUCGACUGAUAGAUCUGGGAGCGAGGGCGAUUGCGAACGUGGCAGAGAGUCCUUCCAGUUCUUUUUUGAGUUCGCUGAUUGGAUGUUCGGAUGAUUACUCGCCGUCAACCUGGCUCCCACUCCUGUCUCGCCUAGAUUUGCGGGACAAAAAGGCGUCAACUUUCCUAGAAAGAUGCGUCGGCCGCGAGGCUUGGGACUUAUUCGACACAACAAUCAGCCGCGGAGCACCACCAACUCCUGACGUACUUGGAUACGCACUUCACGAGAAAGCGCCGGAGACUUUGAUAAAUGGCUUGCUGAGUGCAGGUGUUCGGGUCAAUAUCGACCUCGAAGAAGGCCUCGAUCCAGAAGACUACUGGCAUCCAGCCGAAGAAGGAUGCAGGUCUUGGAAUAUGAGCAUCAUAAAGCAAUUCGAAGCCCAAGACGGCGAUUUGCAUGGCAAGUUCGGACAUAACAACUCAUUGUUGAAGGCGGCGUGUGAAGAAAGACCUGCGACGCCCAUAGAGAGGAGGAACCGCAAUUUUCUGGUUCGUUAUUUCAUAGAGAGAGGCGCCGAUGUGGACGCCACGAGUCUGCACGGGCGACGUGCUCUUUAUGAAGCUGCAAGUAAUGGCGAUCUUGAGCUGGCCAUGCUGUUGCUUGACAACGGAGCAAGAUGCGAUAUGGUUGCGCGGCAGCCAUGGCGCAGUAAUCCAGAAAGCGUGCUAGACGUCGCAGUACAUAUGCAGCGACUGGACACAGUACAGCUUCUGCUGAAUGUAGGGGCCAGAAGCGCGGUUCCUGGACUUACGGGUUUUGAUGGUGCUAUUCAAUACGCACUGACGAAUGGCAAUGAACAUAUACGCCAGCUCUUGGAGCGGUUCGCGGCAACGGAAGGAGCAGACUAA